AUGCCACCACACGAAGGUUUAGUGCACACGAAGGAGUACGACUGGAGGGACAGCAAUGUCGAAGCAAUCGGUACAGAGAUCGACCACAAAGUCAAGUACAACUCCGCAGCAACCGAGCCAGCCUGGCAGGACGUCGGGCAGGCUCCUGGGCUGCAAAUCUGGCGCAUUGAGGACUUCCAGGUAGUCGCCUGGCCCAAAAAUCGAUACGGCGACUUCCAUGAAGGAGACAGCUACAUCGUAUUGCACUCCUACAAGGUAAGCAACAAGGAUGGACAAGAGAAGAUAGGCCACGACAUCUUCUUCUGGCUGGGGAGCAAGACCUCGCAGGACGAGGCAGGCACGGCGGCCUACAAGACAGUCGAGCUCGAUGAGUUCCUGGACGGGGUAGCGACACAGCACCGUGAGCUCCAGAAAGAGCCUUCGGAGGAUUUUGUGGCCUUGUUCUCACGGAUCCGGAUCCUGUCUGGCGGUGUUCGCUCUGGCUUCACCCACGUUGAGAUGAAUGAAGAGCCCAAGGAGACUCCCAUGCUUCUCCGGAUCUUCAAGCACCCCUCCGCCAGACGGGCUGACUCGAUCAUGGUCCACGAGGUUGAACCGACGUGGAAGAGUCUGGACGAGAACGAUGUCUUUGUGCUGGAACGCAAUGACAAGAUCUGGGUAUGGCAAGGAAAAUCUUGUAGCCCGAUGGAGAAGGCGAAGGCUGCGCAGGUGGUAAACGACAUGACGAUUGCGAAGCACGUUGAUGUCGAGGUGCUAUCACAAUCGGAAUCGCGAUCGCGAACAGUGGUCAGCAUGCUGGGAGGCGAUGAGGCAGAAGGCCCGUUCACAUCACCUAGGCCCGUGACACCCAACGCAAGCCAGCGUCCUCGCAAGUUAUGGCGUCUUUCCGAUGCUUCGGGACGCCUCGAGUUUGGCGUGGUCAAAGAGGGCCAAGACAUCGGGAUGUCUGACCUGGAAAGCAACGAUGUCUUCCUUCUCGAUACUGGUCACAGUGUCUGGGUUUGGCAGGGCUCGCAAGCGAGUAAGGGGGAGAAGGCCAUGUGGAUCAAGGUGGCCGAGUCGUACAUUCGCCAGCUUGCUGAUGCAGCGGAAAACGGAGACGCGCACCGAUGUCCCAUCUCCAAGGUCGUGGAGGGAAAUGAAAGCCCGGCUUUUGUCAAAGCGUUGGAAGCGUACUUUUAG